UUCUUGCACAUUUCCAGAGGGUCUCGGAUAUCCUUGGUCAGCUUCGCAUGGUAUGUUGCGAGACGGACGUUCGGGACUCGAGGCUCUCGUUUCGAUUGCCAAGUCUGCGCAGCCAUGAUUGACGUACGUUGUUCGAUGAGCGGUGGCUAGUGUUGCCGGGCAAAGAUGCAUAGCGACGAGUAGUAUAAAGAUGAUGACCACCGUGAGCAAGCAAUCGAACCAAGACACCAUUCUUAACAUAUUGGAUAAGCCAGCUUAAUCUCAAGCAAACCGUCAGGUAGUUUCCUCUCAAAUCUGACCCAUUUGACCAAUUUUCACCUUCUAUUGUCUUUUCUCAGGAUUCUCGGAGGCUCGAUUCGACCGAUUUCAAUGCAGCUCAACAGAGGUCUUACUCUUCUAGCAAGCAUCCGCCUUAUCUUGGCUUGCGGCGAUGAUCCGGCUGCGGGCUCAGAUGUCGGCAUAGCCGCUCACCGCGCGAGAUACAGCAAACGCAGUGAUCCAGCAACAAACCUCACCACGUCCUCGCCCCAAGUGACUGCCCUAGACAACGUUCGGUAUUUCAAUGGUCAUGGUCUAUCCGCUCCGACUACUGUGCUCAUUUCUGGUUCGAGUAUCGGCUUGAUCGGCACCAAUCUCGGCGUCACGCCUGAUACCCAUAUCAACGGCACCGGGCAUGUCCUUCUCCCCGGCUUCUUCGAGUCACACGCACACCCGGGCUCCCUCGAAGAAAUGAAAAAUCUUACGGCUGCUGGUGUGACUACUACGAUCGGCGCAUCCUGUCAAAAUCUCACGCUUUGUGCGCAGCUUAGGAACCUACCAGGCCUCACCAGCUUUAUCACCGCUGGUCUCCCCGCUGUUGCUCCUGGAAGCAGUAACCUCGCAACACCUGGCGGCGUUCCAUCUGUCAAUUUCAUCAACUCAACCGCCCAGAUCCCGUCCUUCAUGUCCAACAAUAUAGCUGCUGGGUCAGAACUCUUCAAACUACGCAGUCAGAAUGGUGGCUUCAGUCAAGACAUGCAAACCGCAAUCGUAGCCGAGGGCCACAAGUACGGACGCGUAGUAAUGACGCAUGCAACGGAAUCCGAUAGCUGGGUACGCGCACUUGGAAGUGGGACAGACUUGAUCCAUCACACUAUUACGGACGCAAACAUCAGCGAUGACCAAGUACAGCAACUUCUUGGUAUGGGUGUAGUCAACGUCCCGACGUUGCGUGUGCACUAUCAAGGCUGGCAGGCUGGCUAUUAUCCGGAUGCCAACUGGACAAUGAUUCAGUCGAAUGUGCGGAAAUUGUAUGACGCUGGUGCGGAUCUUCUCGUGGGCACGGAUGUGCAUACCUUAACACCGGGGGCCCUCACAGAGCUUUGGUUUCCAUUUGGGAGUAGUCUGCAUGAGGAGAUGGAAUUGUUGACUGAAGUCGGCCUGUCGAAUGCAGAUGUUCUGAGAAUGGCUACCAAGGAGCCAGCCAGAAUCUUUGGGUACACUGAUAGGGGACAGGUUAAAACUGGGUUGAGGGCAGAUCUGCUCUUAGUCGAGGGCGACCCCAUAGCGGACAUCAAGAUUAUAAACAACGUGAGAAACGUGUGGGUUGCUGGUGAGGAGUACAUGGGAUAGAGCUGGUGGGUCUUAUGGAAGUAGGUUGCAUACUUUGUUGGCGUAUGCUGGUAGUGAUGUGACAAUGGGGAGCAAAUGUGUAUUUUACG